CGUGGAACAGAGCUCCGGUCCCAGCGCAGCCACCGCGAUGAGAGGCGCUCGCGGCGCCUGGGAUUUCCUCUUCGUUCUGCUGCUCCUGCUCCUCGUCCAGACAGGCUCUUCUCAACCAUCUGUGAGUCCAGGGGAACUGUCUCUACCAUCUAUCCAUCCAGCAAAAUCAGAGUUAAUUGUCAGUGUUGGCGACGAGAUUAGGCUGUUAUGCAUUGAUCCAGGAUUUGUCAAGUGGACUUUUGAGAUCCUGGGUCAACUGAGUGAGAAGGCAAACCCGGAAUGGAUCACCGAGAAAGCAGAGGCCACAAAUACAGGCAAUUACACGUGCACCAAUAAAGGCGGCUUGAGCAGUUCCAUUUAUGUGUUUGUUAGAGACCCUGAGAAGCUUUUCCUGAUUGACCUUCCCUUGUACGGGAAAGAAGAAAACGACACGCUGGUUCGCUGUCCCCUGACAGACCCCGAGGUGACCAAUUACUCUCUCACGGGGUGUGAGGGGAAACCUCUCCCCAAGGAUUUGACGUUUGUGGCUGACCCCAAGGCAGGCAUCACAAUCAGAAAUGUGAAGCGCGAGUACCAUCGGCUCUGUCUGCACUGCUCAGCGAAUCAGAAGGGCAAGUCCAUGCUGUCGAAGAAAUUCACCCUGAAAGUGCGGGCAGCCAUCAAAGCUGUGCCAGUUGUGUCUGUGUCCAAAACCAGCUAUCUUCUCAGGGAAGGAGAGGAAUUUGCAGUGACAUGCUUGAUUAAAGACGUGUCUAGUUCCGUGGACUCUAUGUGGCUAAAGGAAAACAGCCAGCAAAGUAAAGCACAGACGAAGAAGAAUAGCUGGCAUCAGGGUGACUUCAGUUAUCUCCGUCAGGAAAGGCUGACUAUCAGCUCAGCAAGAGUGAAUGAUUCCGGUGUGUUCAUGUGUUACGCCAAUAAUACUUUUGGAUCAGCAAAUGUCACAACAACCUUAGAAGUAGUAGAUAAAGGAUUCAUUAAUAUCUUCCCUGUGAUGAACACAACAGUAUUUGUAAAUGAUGGAGAGAAUGUGGAUCUGGUUGUUGAGUAUGAGGCAUAUCCCAAACCUGAACACCGACAGUGGAUAUAUAUGAACAGAACCUCCACUGAAAAGUGGGACGAUUAUCCCAAGUCUGAGAAUGAAAGUAACAUCAGAUACGUAAAUGAACUUCAUCUAACCAGAUUAAAAGGGGCUGAAGGAGGCACUUACACAUUUCACGUGUCCAAUUCUGAUGUCAGUUCUUCCGUGACAUUUAAUGUUUACGUGAACACAAAACCAGAAAUCCUGACGCAUGACAGGCUGGUGAAUGGCAUGCUACAGUGCGUGGCCGCAGGGUUCCCAGAGCCAACCAUUGAUUGGUACUUUUGUCCAGGAACCGAGCAGAGGUGUUCUGUUCCUGUUGGGCCAGUGGAUGUACAGAUCCAAAACUCAUCUGUCUCACCAUUUGGAAAACUAGUGGUUUAUAGCACCAUUGAUGACAGCACAUUCAAACACAAUGGGACGGUGGAAUGCAGGGCUUACAACGAUGUAGGCAAGAGUUCUGCCUCUUUUAACUUUGCAUUUAAAGAACAAAUCCAUGCUCACACCCUGUUCACGCCGUUGCUGAUUGGUUUUGUGAUCGCAGCUGGCUUAAUGUGUAUCUUCGUGAUGAUUCUUACAUACAAAUAUUUGCAGAAACCCAUGUAUGAAGUACAGUGGAAAGUUGUCGAGGAGAUAAAUGGGAACAAUUAUGUUUACAUAGACCCAACACAACUUCCUUAUGAUCACAAAUGGGAGUUUCCCAGGAACAGGCUGAGUUUUGGGAAAACCUUGGGUGCUGGCGCCUUUGGGAAAGUCGUUGAGGCCACCGCUUACGGCUUAAUUAAAUCGGAUGCAGCCAUGACUGUUGCUGUCAAGAUGCUCAAACCAAGCGCCCAUUUAACAGAACGAGAAGCCCUAAUGUCUGAACUCAAAGUCUUGAGUUACCUCGGUAAUCAUAUGAAUAUUGUGAAUCUUCUGGGAGCGUGCACCAUUGGAGGGCCCACCCUGGUCAUUACAGAAUAUUGUUGCUAUGGUGAUCUUCUGAAUUUUUUGAGAAGAAAACGUGAUUCAUUUAUUUGCUCAAAGCAGGAAGAUCAUGCCGAAGUGGCACUUUAUAAGAACCUUCUUCAUUCAAAGGAGUCUUCCUGCAAUGAUAGUACUAAUGAGUACAUGGACAUGAAACCUGGAGUUUCUUAUGUUGUACCAACCAAGGCAGACAAGAGGAGAUCUGCAAGAAUAGGUUCAUACAUAGAAAGAGACGUGACUCCUGCUAUCAUGGAAGAUGAUGAGCUGGCCCUGGACCUGGAGGACUUGCUGAGCUUUUCUUACCAGGUGGCAAAGGGCAUGGCAUUCCUUGCCUCAAAGAAUUGUAUUCAUAGAGACUUGGCAGCCAGAAAUAUCCUCCUUACUCAUGGUCGAAUCACAAAGAUUUGUGAUUUUGGUCUAGCCAGAGACAUCAAGAAUGAUUCUAAUUAUGUGGUCAAAGGAAACGCUCGACUCCCUGUGAAGUGGAUGGCACCGGAGAGUAUUUUCAACUGUGUGUACACAUUUGAAAGUGAUGUCUGGUCCUAUGGGAUUUUUCUGUGGGAGCUGUUCUCUUUAGGAAGCAGCCCCUACCCUGGAAUGCCAGUCGAUUCUAAGUUCUACAAGAUGAUCAAGGAAGGUUUCCGAAUGCUCAGCCCUGAGCAUGCACCUGCGGAAAUGUAUGACAUCAUGAAGACCUGCUGGGAUGCAGAUCCCUUGAAAAGGCCAACAUUUAAGCAGAUUGUGCAGCUGAUUGAGAAGCAGAUCUCAGAGAGCACCAAUCAUAUUUAUUCCAACUUAGCAAACUGCAGCCCCCACCGGGAGAACCCCGCAGUGGACCAUUCUGUGCGCAUCAACUCUGUGGGCAGCAGCGCCUCCUCAACGCAGCCUCUGCUUGUCCACGAAGAUGUCUGAAGCAGAGUCUGCAUCCGGGGGUCUCCUGACAACCCCGACCCCCCUCUCUUUUGGUUUUUACAAUGGUUCCUUUGUUUUCCUUCGACUCGAAUCCUACCGAAGGGUAGUGGACACCCUGUGUUUAUGAGCACCCUUUAGUGGCCGAUGAUUUUUGUCAUCAG